CUGGCUCCACAGAGGAGUAGUGCAAUAAGGAGUUUUGGGUCAGUAAAACUGAGCGUAGAAGCCCCUCACAGAGCCAUCCAAACCAGACCAAAGCAGCCGGAGGGAGUCGAUGACCUGAGACCAAAGAAACAAAAAAUAGUGAGAAAGGCAUCUGUAUGUGCUGGUACCGUAAAUCCAACCAAAAAAAAGGUAAUAUUUUGUUAAAUGCAUAUAUAUGUGCUAGUAUCCUUAAAUUCAACAAGUUUUGGUCAGAGAGUGCCAUCAAUGAAACACUGGAAGAUUUUGGUUUUGCCCCGAAGAAGUUCCAUCCUUUUUUUUUUUCCCGGUGAAUUUGUCACGAACACGAAGAAGUUAGGGCUAUGCUCUCCCCUUUCACGUCUUCCCUGACUAACCCGGACAACUUGCUACCAGCAAUUAAUUUUUUUUCUUUCUUUCUUAUUGGGGUUGAAGAAUGCCUUUAGAUUGGACAAACAGAUACAGAGGAAAAGUUUGGUUUUCUUUUUUUUUUUUCUAUUUUUUUUCCUUUUUGCUCCGUCAAUUAAUUAAGAUCAAUUUUACUGGUCUGGCAAACAUCAGAGUACAAAAUGGCGUGAGGAGGCUUUGAGAUUGUGAUUUCUGUGGGAGACUUCCUGUUUUCCCAUGAAUGCUUCUUUGUGUUUAUGUGCAAUCACUUUUUAACCGCAUCUUACCCCUUGCAACGUGCAGAGAGCUUUAACUUUCAAUUAUUGAUUGCAACAUAGAUAUUCCGGGAAAUUACGGGGAAUGAAGUGACUACCAUUAUAUAUAUAUAUAUAUAUAUAUGUGCAUAUUUAUAUUUAUAUCCCAUAGACUCGGUCAGCAGUCUCUAGCCAUCCUUUCUCCUCCACCAUGUCUAAUUUCUCUCUUGCCUUCGUACGUACUUUCUACCUCGUCCAAAUAUAUAAGCUCCCUCUGAUCUGUCACUCCAACUAUAGGAGGACUUAAUUCACUGAACACAAACCAAACUUUUCCCAUGGCUUCAUCUUGCUGCUCAAUCACCUCCUCUUUCUUCCUCCUCCUCUGCUUCCUGCUCAGCAAUUCUUCCAUAUCUGAAGCUGAACAAUGGCCCGAAUAUCGGGCUAACGCCUGUUAUGUUCCCUCCAACGACCGCCUUUAUUUCCAGAACGUCAACACCCUGCUUUCCGCUCUGACCUCCAAAAGCAUUUCCGACUAUGAAAAAGGGUUCGCCUACGACAUGGAAGGGCAGGGCCCCCCGGACCAGGUCUUCGGGCUCUACCUCUGCCGUGCAGAUCUGAGGUCGGCUUCGUGCCAAGCCUGCAUCUCCAAUGCAGGUCAAAGGAUCCUCAAGGCCUGCCCCGGGAUGAAAGAUUCCACAAUAUGGUACGACUUGUGCAUGUUGACUUACAACUACCAACCAAUCAUCUCCACCGCGAGGUUUAGUACAUAUGCCUACUGGUAUGAAUAUAACAUGUCGGAUGCCACGGCGACCAGCUUCAACGAGUUGCUGGAGGGGAUGCUGGAGGCCCUGAUCCCAAAGGCUGCCACUGGCCAACUGGCAGGUAAGAAAUUCGCGGUGAACAGAACCAUCUUCACAGCGUCACAGACGCUGUAUAUGCUGGCUCAGUGCAGGCCUGACUUGAAGGCUGCCGACUGCAACCAGUGCCUCCAAGCGGCAGCUACAGUGGACAAGCUUCCUCGAGGAAUAGGAGGGGCAAUGUCCUUUCUCCAGAGCUGUAACAUCCGGUACGGGAACUACUCAUUCUAUAAUGAAACUGCUGUCGCACUGAUGGAAUCGGCGCCAACACCUGCUCUCCGCCGUCCAGGUGUAAUUGUUGCCAUUAUUGCUGCUGCCAUUAGUGUGACUGUGGUGUCAUUCCUCAUCCUCCGCUGCUUCCUACGGAAGAGACAUGGAUUCAAACAAUACAAGAACGAUAUCCAAACUGCUGAAGCCAUACAAUUCAAUUUCGCUGCAAUACGAGCUGCCACGAAUAAUUUCUCUGCAGAUAACAAAUUAGGUGAUGGCGGGUUUGGCGUAGUAUACAAGGGCCGGCUUCAAGAUGGACAAGAUGUGGCAGUGAAGAGAUUGUUUAGGAGCUCAGCUCAAGGCGCUGCAGAUUUUAAGAACGAGGUCGAGGUGGUGGCAAAACUCCAACACAGAAACCUGGUGCGGCUACUUGGGUUUUGCGUGGAAGGAGAAGAGAAGAUACUCGUCUUUGAAUAUAUGCCAAAUAGGAGCCUGGACUACUUCUUAUUCGACUCAGAAAAACGUGGACACUUGGACUGGUCGAGAAGAUAUUUUAUAGUUUCGGAAAUAGCUCAAGGGAUGCUUUAUCUUCAUGAAUAUUCCCGGCUCAGAAUAAUUCACCGGGACCUCAAGAUUGGCAACAUUCUCCUGGAUGAAAAUAUGCACCCCAAGAUUUCAGAUUUUGGAAUGGCGAGGAUCGUCGGGGUUAAUCAGACCCAAGGAACUGCUAGUAAAAUUGCGGGGACAUUGGGUUACAUGCCUCCAGAGUAUGUAAGGGCUGGUCAAUUCUCAGUGAAAUCCGACGUAUAUAGUUUUGGCAUGUUGGUUUUAGAGAUUAUGUCAGGCAAGAAGAACAGUUCCUUUGGUCAUCCAGACAAUGCUGAGGGUCUUCCAAGCUACGCAUGGAAACACUGGACUGAUGGGACACCUAUGGAAGUGCUGGAUCCAAUCUUGAGGGACCCUUGCAAGAGAAAUGAAGUCAUUAGAUGCAUCCACAUGAGCUUGUUGUGCGUCCAGCAAAACCCUGCUGAUCGGCCUACAAUGUCUACGAUAGAUAAUAUGCAUAAAAACUACACAGUUACCUUACCCGACCCUCAACCUCCUGCCUUUGGCUUUUACGGUCCCAACAUUAUUGAGAACAAUGGUGAUGAACGGGCGCCAUCUGCAAACAAAUUGACGAUUACUCAACUCGAACCUCGGUAGAAGAGAGAUACUCUGUAAUAAAUAUUAAUUGAGUUGUGCACAUUACAAGUGCCCAAACAUUCCUUUUCAAGUAUGUUUAUUGGGUAUUAAAGCUGUAUGUAAGUGAAACCCGGUGUUUUGAUAUGCAUAUAUAUGUGCGUGGGUGUGUGGAUUUGUUUA